UGCGACAUUAACCUACGAGCACAGGGUAUGCUUUCGAUCUCUGUGUUGUUGACACCGCCUGUCUCUUUGUACCUCAAGCUCAAGGAUCGAGCUUGAGCUUCACUCACAAUGUCUUUCGGAGUGUCCAUUGGCGACUUCAUCCGAGUGUGUGAGGUCGCGACUAGAGUGUAUAAGAAUUGUCGCGACUGCCCUGGGGAAUAUAAGUCCCUGGCUAGCGAGGCGCGGAACCUCACGAAUAUCCUCCAAGACAUAGCCGAUAAAGUCGAGAGUAACAGCAUUCCGGAAAGCAAGACACCCCAGCUAUUCGACGCGUAUGAAUCCUGUGUGGAGGUACUUCAGGAGCUUGACAAGAUACUGAAUCAUUACAAUUCUCUGGACACGAGGACGAAACGAGCGUUUGACCGAGUUAAAUAUGAUCCUGACAAGACUAAGAGCCUUCGCCAAAAGCUUACUGCAAAUGUUGUCAUGCUCAACGGUUUUUAUAACUCGUUGAUACACGACAAUCAAGUCCUCAUCCUUGAAGCUCUGGGGAGGCUAGAGAAUGAUUAUAAAGGAGGCCAUAGGGAGGAAAGCAUAACUUCAGUGAGAAGGAUUGUAUCUGGAGAAGCGGACGGUGAAGAUGAAGAAGACGAAGAUGCCGCGUGGCCGCAGAUCAUUCGCGAUCUAGAAGAUGUCGGAAUUUCCCCGCAAGAUGCUAUUGAUUAUCGAGACUUCAUAAUAGAUUGGUUUGUGCGGGCGGUUAACGAAGGAAGGCUGAUGGAAGAACAAGUACAACCAAGUUCGCCUCUGGAGCCCGUGGAAAGCCUUGCAACCUUGUCCGCCGAUCUUGGGAAUGCUCUUCCAAUACCAACGAAUCCUACGGCGAGAAGAAUGCCCAGUUGGGAGACACCACGAUUUCCACCGGCAAUUCCGAGGAGGAAACCCGUUCCGAAUUCGCUCUCACAACAGUCCAUUCCCUUGCCAGCAAUAUCUCCUACUUCGACAGAGCCUGUUGAGAGGAUGACAUCUUUAACUCCUAGUCCACUCAAAACUAGUUAUCCAAGCACCCCACCUACUACUCAAGGGGUUAUUAUUUUCUCCGAGGCAUGUCCAAUGGAUCAGUCAACAUCCCAAAUAUCAUCUGGUACCCAAUCUUCAAGCUCAACCGUCAAUCAACGCCCAGCAACCCCUCCAAUCAUACAUCAAUCGCCACACGGCCACGCCCCUGCAGGCACUUCCAAGCCCAGUAUUGUAUCAGUGCCAGUCAAUCCUCCGGCUCCACUCACUGUGCACCAAGCCCAAGUUGCACCAGUUCCUCGUAUUCCAUCAUCGACGACACUGCCGAUUCCACCGCCUUCUGCCAUGCCAUCUUAUGUCAUGCCACCUUCUACUAUGCCAUCUUCCACUAUGCCAUCUUUCACUAUGCCAUCUUUCACUAUGCCACCUUCCACUAUGCAAACUUCCACUGUGUCACCUUCCACUAUGCCACCUUCUACCACGCCAUCUUCUGCCAUCCUACCAUCUCGUCAAUCACCCCCUUCCCAACCACCUCCUGUCGUACCCCCUCCUGCCCAACCCCCUCCUGCGUAUAACCAGGCCGAGUCAACAGUAGAUGGGAACCUCAUUUGGACCGCACAGCGAAUUGUCGCUGCUUGGAAUGCCCGAGACUUUAUUACGGCCGAGAAAGAACUCGAGAAUCAACUCGCCGCGGUAGAGCGGGGAGUCACUAUCAACAUCCUUGGUCACGUUGUUCAACCUGACCGGCGAGUACUGAGGCAUCUACUCGGGGUGUGCGCUUCAUAUUCAGGGAAAUUCAUCAAGUCUAAGCGACUUUUCGAAAGUGCGUUCAACGGGAUCUACUUGAGUGGCGCAAACAUCGACGAUGGUGAUAUAGCCGCAGCUCGUUGGCUAGGUGACGUUUGCUUGCACUUGAAUGAGCCACAUAAUACGGCACUAGCCUGGUCAGUGUGCCUGGAUGGCUUGAUCGGCCGGUAUGGCAUAGCACGAGACAUAACUCGCCGUGUAUAUGACGAGUUGCGGCUCCUUGACUACCGAAUCCAGGGUCUCCGGAUGUUGGCAAAUUCUUUCUCACGGUUCAACACGGAUGCGUCAGAUAUUUUCAUGAACACCCAUACGGUUGAGAAAUCCAAGCUUAUCACAUCUACACUCGAGCGUCUGAAGCAAAUCUCGGCGACAUCUGGACAAAUUCACGGCUUAGCUGAAGGAAAUCGGAUGGUGACAAAUCCGAGAUCCUACAGGCCUCGUGCAGAAUGGAAGAUAGCCGAAGGGUUCCUGGUGCAGCCUCUGAUAUCCUUGAACUCAUGGCCAUUGCAGUGGGAUGCUACUUUCUCGCCUGUCGACGCAAUCAAUUUACAUCGGAGCAUGACUGCCCCGAUGAAUAGUUUUAUCGGUAACACGGGCUUUGCGUAUGAUGAAUUACCAUCUGUGGGGCUAAUGCAUUCAAAAGACCUUCAUUAUAUCACCAAGAGAAACAUCAAGUGGCUGGUUCAAGCCGUUGAAACCGGACUAAAAGAGAUGGGUGUCGAGUACAAAGAAGAGUCAACGAUGCUCAUGUGUCGCCUAAAUCAGCGGAGGGACAGCCUAGUUUUCUUUGAGGGAAUCGCAAUUAAGUUCAGAAAGCUCCCAUUUAAGAGUAUGUGGGGAUUGAAAAUAACGGAAGUUAUGCUGGCAACAAGAGGAACACCGACGCAAGCAGAUAAUUUCCUGAGCAUCCAAAUCCAGAGAGGAACAGAAGGAUUCCGAGACAUUGUCAAAGCAAUGCUAGAGAAAGCUGAGAAUGACGAGAGGAUGAAGGAGUUACAGGCAAAAUUUGGAUCAGGCUCCCAGGACACGAAACUGCCACCACCGCCAUAUAUUGAACAACAGGGAGAAAAAUUCUCCUAUGGGUGA